AUGCAAUUCAAUACUUCUAUUAAAUUAAUCAGAUCGUUGAACACUUCUUCCAAAUGCAUGAUUACAUCUACCCCAAAGAAAGCUGCUACUACCAUUGAUACCUCAACUGCUAGUGCUGCCACUAGCAAUGCUAGUAAUAAUGCUAGUAAACGUCAAUCUAAAAACAUUGAAACCAACUCUAAGGAUAAAAUUAAAAGGUACACCACCAGUGGCAUCACCAAAGUUUCUUCCGAUAAUGAACACGUUAAUGUUGUUGGUGACCAUUUAAGAGUCUAA